ACAGGGGCGCCGAAUCCUGCGCGUUCUACAUUUUACAUUCGGCUGGGCCAGUUCUCCGACACAGUCGAGUCCGUACGCGUGUUGGGCAACGGCAGAGCCGGUCACGUGGCAUCCCCAGCGGAUGUGUGGAAAGUGGCUAGUGUUGCCUCGUAUCCGGGCGCCUCCCGUUCCUAUCCUGCCGGCCGACCGGAGGCAAGUUUCGAGCGCACUGCUGCUAGAUUGCAACGCGACCCGAGCAGUCCCCUUCUCCUCCCCGGAGCCGCCUCCCAAUCCUCUCUCCGGACAAGUUCUCCCCCGUACGUAGAAUCGGUAGACAGCUCGGCGGUCCUGCUCGCCGCUGUCAUCAGUGAGCGCCUCACCAACUUGGCUCACGGGAGCACGCCGCGAUGGAGCUUCUCUUCGCUCACGCCCGGUCGCUCAAGACCAACCUGUGCCGUGACCUCAAUAACCUGUCCAAGAGGAUCUUCCUCAACGUCCCAGAAUUCUGGCCGUCACCGUCUGCGGUCAACUGCUUCGGCUGUAUUGGAGAUGUGCCGGAGUUCCAGAGGCACAACCCAUACAUUCUGACGGGAUACCGAAAGUUUGAAACCAGCAGCGCGUGCAUCCGGGGAAUCUUCAGCUGGAACAACGAGACAGUCAACAUCUGGAGUAAUCUGGUGACGCUCGGUCUGCUGGCGGCUCUUCUACUCGAGGACCACAACAGCCGGUUCCAGGAGCUCAAGAUUCCCUUCUGGGACAGGUGCUUGUCCUCCCUUCUUGCUGUCUGCUACGGCGUCAUGCUCGCGCUCUCGACUCUCUAUCAUCUCUUCAGCUGUACCUCCGCUCCGGGGGCAAGGUACUGGUACCUCUGGGACAUCUUCGGCAUCUGCUUUAGCGUUUUCGCCUACAUCGCUGGCUUCACCGUGCUCCAGUUUUGGUCGCAUCCCCUAUGGAUGGCCGUGUAUCUCCUCGCCGAGACUUGCAUCGCCUUGGUGCCAUUUUACUUGGCGCUGGUGAAGAAAUUCGGUUCCGAGAAGUUCGACACCCUUCGAAUCAGAUCCAUUGGAGUGCUGGUGCUUUUCAGCUUGAUACCGAUGACGCACAGCGCUUUCCUGAACCAUCCGGCGCUGGUGGCGGCCACGUUACCCGGUCACGUGACGGUGUUCGCAGUGCUCUUUCUAUCAUUCAUUGUGUUCUCCACGAGGAUACCAGAGGUGAAGUACCCAGGCGCCGCGGACAUUCUAGGCUCCAGUCACCAGUUCUGGCAUCUAGGCAUUUCUGUGAGCGUCUUAGCUGCCCAUGAACUCUACUUUGCUUACUUACCUCACCGUGACAUUAGCAGUUAACCGUCUUCGCUGUUUUAGCAAACACUCUGUUUAAAAAAGGAAGUAGGCGGGCGUGGUUGCAAAGACGAAACAUACCGUUAUUGUUAUCGCGGCUAGGUAGAAAUUACCAAAGACUGCAGUAUUUUGUUGCGUUACUCUGGUACAUACUCAUCUAAGUUUACUAUGGAAGGGGACGAAUAAUAAAUGGCGUUUUUGUUACUA